UAGCAAACGUACUUUUAUCAAAUACAAAUAUAACUUUUUAUUUUGUAAAUUUAUUUUGUUUAUUCAGUUCUCCUGUAAAAUUGGGAUAUUCAAGAAUGUUGCGUCUAGUAUAUAUAUAUUAUGGAACUCUGUGUCCCGGCUGGACCACUUUGAGAGCUUUAGGCCAGGGCCAAAGGCACUUCAUCGUUCUCUGGCUGAAAUAUUGGGUAAUCUAUGCCUUGUUGCAGGGCUUUGGAGUCCUCACAGAUUUCCUCAUUGGCUGGCUGCCAUAUUACGCUGCUCUCAAGCUGAUACUGUCCAUAUGCCUUUGGUUUAGUGCCCCAUACAGCACCAAUCAUCUAUAUAACUUUAUAACGAAAUACGUUAUGGAGCAACUCGAGCCAAUUAUCGAUCGAGGUUUUCGCUGGCAUGGAGCCCUUGUUAGGAAGAACUUUCACAAGUUUAUGCAACUACCACUGGUACUUACGGUUAUCCCCAGGGAUUUGGACGAACAGAGAAUGGAACCCCGACUCAACGACGAUCUUUUGAAGCGAGAACUAACCCAUCUUAUGGCCGAGAUCGAAAAGGAUGAGGCCGACAAACGGCGAAGGCACAAAAGGUGUAUGAAUCUCUGUACUCAGAAUCUGGCGGAAUCUGGAAAAUGCCCAAAUCAAACUAUUCCGCUGGACGGGUUGGACCGCGAGUCCAUGCACAACAUCAUCGACUAUCUGACCCAAAGAUUGGAGGAUCAACAGCCGGGGGACAAUAAGCCAUCCAUACCUUUGCGACGCAGCAAGAGAAUUAAGCCAGGUCAUGCCAAGUAG